AUGACAUUUGUCACACAUAUAAGCCGAACUACCACAAAAGUAUAUGUAGCAUUUUUGGCAACAUUUCGACGUUUUAUAGCGAGACGCGGAAAGCCAAUUGAAGUGAAUUUCGACAACGGCACCAAUUUUGUAGGUGCAAAUAAUCAAUUGAAGCAAUUUCUUCAAUUGGCAACAAACACCAUUACUGAAAAUACAGCCCAAAAAGGCAUAUGUUGGAAGUUCAUUCCUGCACACGCACCACAUUUUGGUGGCCUAUGGGAGGGAGGCGUCAAGGCGACAAAAUAUCAUAUCCAAAGAGUGGUCGGUCUAACCAUUUUAUCAUUCGAAGAAUUUACUACAAUAUUGGCACAAGUUGAAGCAACUCUUCAUUCUCGUCCUCUAUGUGAGCAAUCAAAUGACCCUCAAGACCUUCAAUUUUUGACACCAGGACACUUUCCAUCGGUUUGUGCAAAGUUCAGUUAG